CGCGCGCAGAGGGGCGGGCACUGCCAACAUGUGACACGGAGCAUCUCUCGGUCUCUCCACUCUCAUCUUAUCAUUAAAGAGUGGUGAAAAGACGCGGGGCAGCUGGAGGAGCGGGCAGGACCACAACGCUACUUCCCCCCACACCAACUUCUUUUUCUGCUGCAAAACAAAACAAAAAAUGGCAAGUUCUGCUUCUCUAGAGACUGUGAUGUGCGGGAGGACCGGGCCGUCCGCGGCUCCUAAAACACUGGCCUUUUCCAUCGACCGGAUCAUGUCCAAGAGCUCGGAGCCAAAGCGGAGCGCGGAGGAGUGGUCAGAGGGGAAGAAGCUGCUCGGGCUUUGCUCCCCGAUCCCCUGCAUGAUACCGUUACAGCCCUUCAGCUACGACCUCCAAGCCAAGGCGUUAAUGAACUACUCUGAACUAUGGAGAGCCAGUUUCAGGGGAACUUUCUGCAACUCCGCGGCCGCUCCGUGCAAAGGAAACUGCGGCACGUGCGGCAAAGCGGAUCCUGGCGUGAAGCAGCCGCUGCUGACCUCGGGAAGCAGGGUGGUGAAACCGCAGGUCAUCCACCAGGCCGUGGCCGUGCCCAGCUGCGGCUCGCUCUACUAUCUCAACUACCUGGACUCUGCAUACCAGCAGUCGGAGCUGCUGGCCGGACACUGGUUCUCCACCCCGCAGGCGCAGGCCUCUCUGUCGGCGCACCACAGACUCUUGCUGCUAGAAAAUGCCAAACUGGUUGGAAUGGGCUCGGACAAGCUGCCCACUCCACAGUACCCACACAAGGAACACCUGCCGGGACAGCUGGACCAGAUAGUUAAAGAAAACCAGGGUGUGAGCCCCGAGAAGAACGGUGUGAAGGCGCACAGCAAAUUAAGCGGCGGCAGCGGCGUGGACGGAAAACACAAAAACUUCACAUGUGAAGUGUGUGGAAAGGUUUUUAAUGCGCACUACAACCUGACCCGACACAUGCCGGUGCACACCGGGGCCCGGCCCUUCGUCUGUAAGGUAUGCGGGAAAGGAUUCCGACAGGCCAGCACGCUCUGCAGACACAAGAUCAUUCACACGCAGGAAAAGCCUCAUAAAUGCAACCAGUGUGGGAAAGCGUUCAACAGGAGCUCCACUCUGAACACUCACGUGCGGAUCCACGCAGGGUACAAACCUUUUGUGUGCGAGUUCUGCGGGAAAGGUUUCCACCAGAAAGGCAACUACAAGAACCAUAAGUUGACCCACAGCGGGGAGAAGCAGUACAAGUGCUCCAUCUGCAACAAGGCCUUCCACCAGAUCUAUAACUUGACGUUCCACAUGCACACACACAACGACAAGAAGCCCUUCACGUGCGCCACAUGUGGGAAGGGCUUCUGUCGCAAUUUCGAUCUGAAGAAACACAUCAGGAAGCUGCACGACAGCGUGUUUUCUGCUGCGUCAGAGACUUCCAGAGAGCCACAGAGCUGAGGUUCUGCUUCGUCCUGAACUGGUGGAAAGUGUAUGAUGGUCCAGAGAGAGUCGGCUAAAACUUGAAAACUGGACAUAAACCCUGACAAAGAAGCAUGGUCAUCUGAUGCAUCUGACAAGAAGAGUGCAGAACAUUUAACACAUUUUUUCACAGAUGAAAUCUCUUCCUGUAUUUUCCCUCUUGAGGGGAUAAAAAGUCCAUCUCCAUAAUCAAACUGUACAUAAUAGGUUAUGGGAAAAACAAUCAAAACAAA